CGAUCAUAUAUAUAUAAUUAUAUACACACUAAGUGAAUGCAUAAACCUCCCAGCAAAUACAUAUAAUUACUCGGUAUAUAUUAUUAUACUACGUAUAAUUAAGUUUGUUAAUUAGGUCAUUUACCAUUAAGUGUACGGCUGCAAUGGUGAAACAUACGUGGAGCAAACAAAUUGGCGCCAUUGGAAGUGGAACUCAUGCCAGUGUUUACCUUGCUUUCCCUGUCACUAGCGGCGGCGGCGGAGAUGAUACUUCCUCCCCCAUCGCCGUCAAAUCCACCAAUAUCAACUACUCCCAUAAUCUCCGCCGGGAAGCCAGAAUCUUGAGACAACUAAGACCCGGCUGCUGCCCUCACAUCAUCCACUGCUUCGGGGAGGACGUCAGCGCCACUCCCCAAGGUGGUAGAGAUUUCAACCUUCUACUCGAAUACGCCCCGGCCGGGAGUCUCGGCGGUCUCGUCACUCCCGGCCGGGGCCGAAAACCCCGAAUCGAGAAAUCUGACGUACCGUUUUAUGCGUACCAGAUCCUUCUCGGGCUCCGACACGUCCACGACAAAGGGUUUGUCCACGGCGACUUGAAACCCGACAAUGUCCUCGCGUUUCCCGCCUCCGCCGGAAAAUUCCUCCUCAAGCUUGCCGACUUCGGGGUGUCCACGUUGGCCGGAAAGAAAGACGUAACGUAUUACGACGAGGACGGCGACGUUUACGAUGACGAUGACGAGGACGACGAAGAACCGUGGUGCCCUCACUAUUGUCGGGGGAGUUUAUUAUACGCGGCGCCGGAGUAUCUCGCCACCGGAGUACACAACACGUCGGACGACAUAUGGUCUCUAGGGUGCAUGGUGGUGGAGAUGCUGACCGGAGAACCGGUGUGGCUGUGCAGAGACGUUAAUGAUUUGGUGAAUCAAAUAUUGGAUGAGAAGCCGGAGAUGCCAGAUGAAGAUGUCCCGGAGUUGGCUAGAGAUUUUUUAAACAAGUGCUUCUACAAGAAAGAGUGUGGAGAUAUUGAAGAGAGAUGGACGGCUAGGAUGCUUCUUAGGCACCCCUUCAUCCUCAACAACAAAGAUGUUAUGGCGUGUUUGGUUGGAAGUGAUGAAUCUGAUGAUGAGGCGUUGAUUAAUGAUGUUGAGAAGGAUGAGUUGAUGAGUAGAGAAUUGCGCCAAAGUGGUGAUGGAUGGAUCACUACUGAAGAUUUAUUCCUUCCUUUUCUAUCUUACGAAUUAUGAUAUUUAAGUAUGAUAUGAUGUAUUAAUAUGAAUAUAUGAUCGAUAUGUGAGCAGAUCAAAAGUGGGAAAUGCUCUCUAUUUUAAUAUGCAUACUUGCCACUAGCUAGCUCAGAACAUGUUUAAUUUAUUGUAAUCUCAUUAUUGGGUACAAUUGCAAUUGGUUUUACAUGGCCGGGAUUUAAUUUAUAAGUUUAUUUAAGUUACCAAGCUUUUGGUAACUAAUUAAUUUGGAGUCAGGCUAAUUAAUAUCUAUAUAAUAGUUAAUGUUAAAACUUAAAAGGUGGAGAAAGGGCCAACUUCAGCAAGUCUGAAUUGAAGUAUGCCAAUUUCAAACCAUAUACGUAUGUACUAUUGAGUUUCUUCUUGUUGUG